AGUUCCAGGAUGAUGUGGAAUCCAUCCAGAGAAGUUGCCGGCAGCAGCGCUUACAGUGUUUUGCACAUUCCCUGCAACUUGUUGUGCGAGAUGGACUGAAAGAAACAAAAUGUAUAAACAAUGCAAUGGCAAAAUUGACAAAAUUUUGCAGUUUGCUGCAUUCUACAUGUAGCAUGAAGGAAGCAUUUGAGGCUCAAUAUGGAGCCAAUCACAGCAUCCCAUCUGCUGUGUCAACAAGAUGGAACUCAACGCUUCGCCUUGUGGAGGCAUUCACUGAUCUGGAUCUCCAAAAUCUAAAUGUUCUGCUGGAAACUCAGGGACAUAAAGGGCUGUGCAUGUCAGCUCGAGAAUGGAGUCAUCUUAAAGAACUUGUAGAAAUUCUGGCCCCUUUUCUUCAAGCUACAGACCUCACACAAGGGGAGAAAGUAGUGACUGUUAGUGCAGCUCUCCCCUGUGUACUGUCCCUUAACAGUCACCUCACCACCAUGCUGAAUACAACUCGUCAUCUGGUCGGAUUCAUAAAAGCGCUGCAAACAUCACUUCAUCAGCAUUUUAAAGGGAUCUUUGUGAACGUCAGAAUGGAUGUGCCAGCUCAGCUUGCUGAAGAUCUUCCAUUUGGAGAUAACCUUUAUUUGAUGUCUGCAUUCCUUGAUCCAUCAUUCUGCCUCUUUUGGCUGGAACAGGAUGUCUUUGCAACUGAUGAAGUCAAGAAUGAAGUGAAAGAGAUGUUAAUAGAUCAAGUCUUGGCACAGGCUCGGAAAGUCCCCCUUCCUGACAGCAGCAGUGGAGAUGAUGAUCAAGAUGAACCACCUGCAAAGACUCCACGCCUUUUCUCUGGCUAUCGAAAGAAAGGCGCCAAAAAAACUACAGACCAUGGCUCUUCUGUAAGGACUGAACUUCAUCGCUACAUCCAGGUGACUUCUGAAGAAGAUGGAGUGGACUGUUUAGACUUCUGGAAAAGGUAUUCAACAGUUUUCCCAAGGCUUUAUCCUGUGGCUAUGAGGGCACUUGCUGUUCCUGCCACCAGUUCACCAGUAGAGAGGGUGUUCAGUCAUGGAGGCCUCAUAAUGCGCCCUCACCGAGCCAGGCUAAGUGCAAGUACCCUGUCAAUUUUGAUUUUUUAAAAUGUAAUGCGUUAGUUGGAUAAACAUUUUCCUUGUGUUGGGACACUGAAAGACAC